AUGCCUGAGUCUCCUCUCAGUCCCACGGCAGCCCGUCAAACCCCAGCCAGCAGCCUGCUCAGUCACAAAGACGUCGGUGCAGGAGAGAGAGUGGCUAAUGGGGACUCCUGCAGUGGAGUGAGUGGUGAAAACUGGCAGAGUCUCCAUCGUAAACAGGUGUUUCUGGCUAUGAUGGCUCCACAGCAGAUGCAGCAGCUCCUGUCGCCCAACCAGCUGCAGGCUCUGAUCCACCAGAAGCAACAAGCCCUUCUGCUCCAGCAGCAACAUCUGAAAGAGUUUUACAAGAAGCAGCAACAACAGAUUCACCUGCAGCUGCUUCAACAAAAGCCCAGCAAGAAAGUCAAAGAGCUCCCUGCACAGCAGCUCGUGUUCCAGCAGCUCCUCCAGCUCCAGCAGCAGCAGCAGCAGCUCCUCCGGGUGCAGAGACCGCUCCUGUCCUCUCCUGCUCUCUCUCCAGCUGGUGUCAGCCCUGCAGAGAUGCAGCAGAUAUGGAAAGAGCUCACAAACGGAAUAAUGGAAGAUAAAAUGACAUUGAAGGGCAAUCAGGACUCUUCUGCAAACAACACAGCAGGGAGGCAGAGCAAUGACCAGCAGUCUCCUUCCCCUCGCAGGGCAGAAUGUGCUGUCAAAGAUGGUGGCGCCGCCACGCACGCUCUCUACGGUCACGGUGUGUGUAAUUGGCCGGGAUGUGAGUCGGUGUGUGACAGCUUUAGCCAGUUCAUCAGGCACAUAGGCAGCGAGCACACUCUGGAUGACAGAAGCACAGCGCAGUGCAGAGUCCAGAUGCAGGUGGUUCAGCAACUCGAGCUUCAGCUUCGCAAAGAACGGGAGCGUCUGCGAGCAAUGAUGGCUCACCUGCAUCUGCCAUCUUUAGAGUCCCAGUCGAUCUCUGCACCCGCGAGUCUUCAGUCGCCACCGUCUGAUGGCUCUGCCGCUGACCCGCACGGUCCACAGCUCGGCUCCGCCAACAACCUGCCCUCACUGAGCCUGUCAGACUCGCCCCAGGUGUCCCCCCGACCUUCGGCCCCCGUCAGCACGCCGUCCCAGGGGAGCGAGGAAGAGUCGCCCUCUGAUGCAUCAUGUGCCGGGGCCAUAAGACGCCGCCAUCACCCUUUGGUGUACUCGCUGUCCUCAGAAAAUGAAUAUGAGCUCUACAAGAACACUGAUAUCAGACCACCUUUCACCUAUGCAACACUGAUAAGACAGGCUAUCAUGGAAACAUCAGACAUGCAACUAACACUCAACGAGAUAUACAACUGGUUCACACGGACGUUUGCUUAUUUCAGACGCAACGCCGCCACGUGGAAGAAUGCAGUGCGCCACAACCUGAGUCUGCACAAGUGUUUUGUGCGUGUGGAGAAUGUGAAAGGCGCCGUGUGGACGGUGGAUGAGGUGGAAUACCAGAGGAGGAGAUCCCAGAAGAUCACAGGGAGUCCAUCGCUGAUGAAAAAUGUGUCCGUCAACCUUGAUUUUGGGACCGUUCUGAACGCCAGCCUGCAGACGGCCCUGGCUGAAGCGUCACUGCCAGGAUUCAAGAAGGAGUGUGUUAGCAGAAACUCCAUAAUGCAGGAGAACAAAGCAACAAGUAAACAGAACUUCUCUCCACAAGUCCAGAAAUCUCUUUUCCUCAAAGACGAAGUGUUGAAUCUGAAUGAUCAAGAAUCUCUGAUGCCAACAGUGAAAGCAGCUGGUCUGCAGCACGGCAUGACUGAAGAGGAUGAGGAGCAUCUGUUUGACCUCGAAUGACAAGAAAACAGUUUCAGGCUUUAAAGUGAGAAGUGCGAAAGCAGUGAAGUAAGCCUUGGUUGAACAUUCAGGGAUGUAGACUACAAUUGACACAUUUCACCAUCUGAACUUCAUGUUUAUCUUCAGCGUUUAGUGCCAGACGACCUGAAAUUCUCACCAACAUGUUAAUAUUUGAAAGAAAAUCGCAUCAAAACGGAAAUACUCAGAAUUGACUGUCAUUAUAUAGUUCAUAUAUUCAUAAAUUGUUGUGAUUUUGUUUACACUAUUGCAGCUUUUUCACUUUUUAUUUAAACAUUUCAGCCAUGAAAAAAGAAAGCGUUGCCUGUUUUUUGUGUUUCUAUUAAAUAAUUUUCUGAUCAGCAAGAGGUUUAAAAAAACACUUCAACCAAUCACUUAAAGAUGUGAUAAAAGGACCAAAAGUUAUUCGUUUAUUGUGAGAUUUGGUGUAUUUACGAUUGUACAGUUGCUCACAUUUGCACUACCCAGGUGAGAACAUUGUGAUCUCUUUUUCAAAGGACAACUGGCCAAGAAAAGUGAUUCAUGACGAGAAUCAAUGUUAGAAAUAAAGGAGAAUGUACACAGUCAGAAACAGAGUUGGGAUCCGAUAUGAAAAUAUUUCCUUUUCAUCAUGAAUAAAUGUAAAUGAUAUACUCCAAAGGCCAAAGUACAGAAAUGCUUGUUAUCAUAUGAUGUAGAGAAUGAAUGUUCUGUCUGUUGAGAUGUUUGUGGUGACUGUUUUCUGUUUUUUAAAUACAGUCUGUGUUGUGGCUUCUCUCUGUUGUCUUAAAGUAUGUGUAAGAUGCACAUCAGCCUGCUGAAAUGUGAUGUUUUUCAAAAAGUAAGUAAGCACAAUGUCUUAUGUGUCCUGUUCCUCUGUGUGUAACUUAUGUAUUUAAUACAGUGCACUGUGUUUCCACUGGAAUAAAAAUGGCUCCAAACAUUCCUUUUUUUACAACAUUUUUGAGUAUUUACAUUCGAUGCUGUGCACAUAACUCCAAUGUAUU